AUGGAGAUGGGACGUGUGAUUGGGUCCCUCUGGAGUCAUGAAGAUAAUUACUGUUUGAAAGUUGUUGACAAGGAAGGAGGAUUGAAAAAACGUACAAGGAAGGCCUUUGGAAUACGGAAGAAAGAAAAGGACACUGAUUCUACAGGUUCACCAGAUAGAGAUGGAAUUCAGCCCAGCCCACAUGAACCACCCUACAAUAACAAAGCAGAGUGCGCGCGUGAAGGAGGAAAAAAAGUUUCGAAGAAAAGCAAUGGAGCACCAAAUGGAUUUUAUGCAGAAAUUGAUUGGGAAAGAUAUAAUUCCCCUGAGCUGGAUGAAGAAGGCUACAGCAUCAGACCUGAGGAACCCGGCUCUACCAAAGGAAAGCACUUUUAUUCUUCGAGCGAAUCAGAAGAGGAAGAAGAAUCACACAAGAAGUUUAAUAUCAAGAUUAAGCCAUUGCAAGCUAAAGACAUUCUUAAGAACGCUGCAACUGUAGAUGAACUGAAGGCAUCAAUAGGCAACAUUGCACUUUCCCCAUCACCGGUGAGGAAAAGUCCGAGGCGCAGCCCGGGUGCAAUUAAAAGGAACUUAUCCAGUGAAGAAGUAGCGAGACCCAGGCGUUCCACACCAACUCCAGAGCUCAUAAGCAAAAAACCUUCAGAGGACACCACGGCGCUUGCUCCCCUCUUUGGUCCACCAUUAGAAUCAGCUUUUGAUGAACAGAAGACAGAAGUUCUUUUAGAUCAGCCUGAGAUAUGGGGUUCAGGCCAACCAAUUAAUCCAAGUGUGGAGUCGCCAAAGUUAACAAGGCCUUUUCCCACUGGAACACCUCCACCACUGCCUCCAAAAAAUGUACCAGCCACCCCACCCCGAACAGGCUCCCCCUUAACAGUUGGACCAGGAAAUGACCAAUCAGCCACAGAGGUCAAAAUUGAAAAGCUACCAUCCAUCAAUGAUUUGGACAGCAUUUUUGGCCCCGUGUUAUCCCCCAAGUCUGUUGCUGUUAAUGCUGAAGACAAGUGGGUCCAUUUUUCUGACACAUCCCCGGAACGUGUUACUCCAGAGUUGACUCCAAGGGAAAAGGUGAUGUCCCCACCAGCUGCCUCAGACAACCCAGCUGACUCCCCACCUCCGGGCCCCCCGGGUCCUCCUGGCCCCUCAGGACCUCCAGGUCCUCCUCGCAAUGUACCAUCGCCACUCAAUUUAGAAGAAGUCCAGAAGAAAGUUGCUGAGCAGAACUUCAUUAAAGAUGAUUACUUAGAAACAAUCUCAUCUCCUAAAGAUUUUGGGUUGGGACAGAGAGCAACUCCGCCUCCCCCACCACCACCCACCUACAGGACUGUGGUCUCGUCCCCCGGACCCGGCUCGGGCAGUGGUACGGGGACCACCAGUGGUGCAUCAUCCCCUGCUCGGCCAGCCACCCCCUUGGUUCCUUGCAGCAGCACGACCCCACCUCCACCUCCUCCCCGGCCUCCGUCUCGGCCAAAGCUACCUCCAGGGAAGCCUGGAGUUGGAGAUGUGCCCCGACCUUUCAGCCCUCCCAUCCAUUCUUCCAGCCCUCCUCCGAUAGCACCCCUAGCCCGGGCUGAAAGCACUUCUUCAAUAUCAUCUACCAAUUCCUUGAGUGCGGCCACCACUCCCACAGUUGUGUCAGAAGAUGAUGUUUUUUAUGACAAACUGCCCUCGUUUGAAAGGCGCUGUGAAACGCCUGCAGAGAAUGAACAGCCUUCCCUCGUUUGGUUUGACAGAGGAAAGUUUUAUUUGACUUUUGAAGGUUCUUCCAGGGGACCCAGCCCCCUAACCAUGGGAGCCCAGGACACCCUCCCUGUUGCAGCAGCAUUUACAGAAACGGUCAAUGCCUACUUCAAAGGAGCAGAUCCAAGCAAAUGUAUCGUGAAGAUUACUGGAGAAAUGGUGUUGUCUUUUCCUGCCGGGAUCACCAGACACUUUGCCAACAAUCCAUCGCCAGCUGCUCUGACUUUUCGGGUGAUAAAUUUCAGCAGGUUAGAACACGUCCUGCCAAAUCCCCAACUUCUCUGCUGCGAUAAUACCCAAAAUGAUGCCAAUGCCAAGGAAUUCUGGGUAAACAUGCCAAAUUUGAUGACUCACCUAAAGAAAGUGUCGGAACAAAAACCCCAGGCUACGUAUUAUAAUGUGGACAUGCUCAAAUAUCAGGUGUCAGCCCAGGGCAUUCAGUCCACGCCUCUGAACUUGGCAGUGAACUGGCGAUGUGAACCAGCAAGCACCGACCUACGCAUAGAUUACAAGUACAAUACAGACGCAAUGGCAACAGCCGUGGCCCUCAACAAUGUGCAGUUCUUGGUCCCCGUGGAUGGAGGGGUAACCAAGCUCCAGGCGGUGCUUCCACCAGCAGUCUGGAAUGCUGACCAACAAAGAAUAUUGUGGAAGAUUCCUGAUAUUUCUCAGAAGUCAGAAAAUGGAGGGGUAGGUUCUUUAUUGGCAAGAUUUCAGUUAUCUGAAGGCCCAAGCAAACCUUCCCCAUUGGUUGUGCAGUUUACAAGUGAAGGAAGCACUCUUUCUGGCUGUGACAUUGAACUUGUUGGAGCAGGGUACAGAUUUUCACUCAUCAAGAAAAGGUUUGCUGCAGGAAAAUACUUGGCAGAUAACUAA